CGUUCGCGUUCGAUGAUGUAAGGUCAAACAUCCGCCGCCGUUGUCGCCGUCGCUUAGUAGACACGAGAGUGGAUAAACCAUCGUGUAGAAACCAGUCACCAACAACAAGAGCAGCAGUGCGGAUGCGGAGAAGAGCAGUGGCAGAGCAGCAGCCGUUUUCUCGCAGAGCGACUCUGGUGGUGGGUCAGUAUUGAACUUAUUUUUAUUCCGAUAUUCCAAUAAUAUCGCGGCGCGUGGAGAAUAAAUAGCACCAAACUUUAAAAAUAAAGUGGAAGUAACGAUAAUAACAGAGAAACCAGUUUGUGAUAUUAUUAGUGCAAAUGUUUUGAUGCGGUGGCAAGCAGCAGCAUCAGCAAAAGCGGGCGAGCCAGGAAGAGGAGCAUAAUUAUCAUAUCGCCAAAGAUGAAUGAUUUAUUUUGACCCAACGACACUGAGUGUGUUUGUGUUCGUGUGUGUGCGUUUGUGUGUCGUCGACGACGGGAUACGCGACAAAUUGUUGGCAACGAGCGGAAAAACGUGAUUUUCCUUUCGAUCCAUCCAUUCGAGUCCUUCCAGUCUUCUUUUUUUUUGUUUGUUUCUGGUGGUGCGUGAGCGGAAAUUACUUAACGAGUGUGAGCAAACGGAAGGAAGAGUCUUGCGGUGGUGAGGUGAGAAAUCGGGAAAACCUCUUCGAGAGUUUUGGUGGUGGAAAAUGCGGGUUGAAAUAAGAUAAGUGAAACGUGUGCGUGUGUGAAGGAAAAAAAGCAGAACGAUUCUAGAGGAAAAGGGGCAAAAGUCGAAUCUGAUCGCAAUCUAAUUUUCGUGAAAAAAGGAACGAGCCACAUCCCGACGGAAAGGUGAAAAUAUUGAAUUAUCCUUCAACCUUCCGCUCAUUCUCGAAAAAGUACUCGGUUUUCCCCGGUUUGGGGGCGGGCAGAGUUGAGUUGUUGGUGGUGGGCUUACAUUACGUGGGUGGUGGAAAAAUACCCACGCUUUUCACCUUGACUUAGCGCCCCGGUGUUCGUGCGUGCGUGCCUACGUGUUUCUGUGUACGUGAGGAACACUAAUCAAAUCGUCAAUCGAGACCGAAGAAUCCUGUGAAGACACAAGUAGGACCGUCGAGAUUCGUCUGGUCAUAAUGUGCAGCAGGCGGUCGCUAUGACGUGAAGUCCGGCCCACCAAGAGGGAGGAAUCCGUCUAUUAUCGGGAACAAGAGCGUAAUCGGCUAGAGAAAGUGGAUUACGGUCUAAUUGCAUAACAGCAGGCCAGCCCUCCUCGUUGGUCGGUUGAGGGAGAGACACGCGUGUGUUGCCGGGAGGGUAAACAAGACAAUCGUCCCAGUGGCCGGUGCAACCUUAAGAAAUAACAGACGGAGCUGCGGUGGAUACAAGGAAAAAAGCCGCAACGUCCGGCGAAAAACGACUGUGUUAUAAUACGGUGUCUAAAGUAUGACCCCACUUCCCACAAGAAGCUGAGGCUGGAAAAAAGAUACAAAAGUGUGGCAACAUAAAACAGGAGUGGUGUGUCGUUCAACAAAUCACAAGCGAGAGAGUGCGUGGGAGGGUGUGAGUGUGUUUGUGUGUGCCUGUGCAGAGGGUGCAUUUUUCUACACUUUUUCCAACCCCUGCCUGCCUCUCGACCGAGUGUGAAGGGCAGCUGUGCGACAUAUUUGUUUACAGUUGCGGUGUUUCUGUUGCAUGAAUCGGAGGAGGUACGUGGUCAAGGUUUAGAAGAGGUAGCUUUGGGUACCACAGGCAAGGCUCGUUCGUCGGAGCUAAGGCCGGUAAAACUGGAGAACCUAAAUUAGAAAAUUGCUUAAUACACGGCAGUAGCGGCGCAUCGGAGAAGAUGGGUAGGAAAAAGAUACAGAUCUCACGGAUAACGGACGAACGGAACCGACAGGUGACGUUCAACAAGCGCAAGUUCGGUGUGAUGAAGAAGGCAUACGAGCUGUCGGUGCUGUGUGACUGCGAAAUCGCCUUAAUCAUCUUCAGCAGCAGUAACAAGCUGUACCAGUAUGCCAGCACCGAUAUGGACAAGGUCCUGCUCAAGUACACCGAAUAUAACGAGCCGCACGAGUCGCUGACAAACAAGAACAUAAUCGAGUUACAGGUAAACGCACAGAAGGAAAACAAAAACGGCACGAUGUCACCGGACUCGCCGGAACCGGAGGACAGCUACACGCUGACGCCCCGCACCGAGGCCAAGUACAAUAAGAUCGACGAGGACUUUCAGAUUAUGAUGCAGCGAAAUCAGCAGCUGUCGUCCGGAGGCAGAGUCAAUAUGGGUGGCAACAGUUACUCGCUGCCAGUGUCGGUGCCGGUGAUCGGAACGUACAACGAUUCCAGCAUGCUGCAGGGCAGUCCCCAGAUGGCACACAAUAGUAUUAGUCCGCGGCCUUCCAGCUCGGAGACGGAUUCAGUUUACCCCUCUGGUGGAAUCCUGGAAAUGUCCAACGGAUACCCACACUCGGCGUCACCCCUCGGGGGUUCACCUAGUCCCGGGCCCAGUCCAGGUAUUGGCAACCACCAGCAUAACCAUAAUAACAAUACCCAUAACAAAAUGCAACAUCAAUCGUCGAUGAAACAGAGCUCACCGGGAAAUUCCAAUGCGAGGUCAUCCAACCUCCGGGUGGUGAUACCGACGCCAAUGAAUCCCACUCUCAGCAACGAUGAAAUUUCCUACGUAGAGCACCACACCCGACAGCAGACCAACCUAAACACCCCGGUGGUGGCACUGCAAACGCCAAUACCCGGACUGUCCAACUACACGACCACGCUGGGUUCGUUCGGGGCGCAAGAUUUCUCCAUCAAUUCCGACCUGAGCAUGAUUGCGUCGUGGGGUGCAGCGGCGGCCAACAAUGCACACGCGGCCCAGAAUGCGAUGAACUCACUCGGGCAGCACUCAAGAAUCCUUUUCAGCAGCGGUCUGCCCCAUCUGGCCGUCUCGAACAGUACGCCCCCGCCGUCGACUUCGCCCCUCUCGGUGAAGAUCAAGGCGGAACCCAUUUCACCGCCCCGAGAGCACCACUCAUCCUCGUCCCAUCACCACCAUCACGGCAAUCUGGGCGGCGGGGGAGCUAACGGUCCAGGCGGUGGUCUUGGCAAUGGCCAGCAACAGCAACAACAGCAACAGCAGCAGCAGGGCAACAAUCAGCUAACAGUGACCUCGAUGGCCUCGGUUGGCCACAGCAAUUCGUCCGCAACGCUCGGCAGCAGUUUGAACCAUUCGCAUCUGAUACAUUCGAGGCCUUCGUCGACGGGACACUUGACGCCGACCCCAGGCUCCCCUCUCUUUGCAGGCUCGGUCACGCCCACCAACGCACCGUCCCCGGUGGAUAUCAGACACAUAAACGUCGGCGGAAAUCAUCUCCCCGACUACGACUCGCCCGUGUCCUCGAACGCGCAUAAAAGACCAAGGAUAUCCGAGGGUUGGGCCACAUAGCCCUCGAAGGGCUCUGGCGGCUCUAGUGGUGGCCAACAGCAGCACCAGCAGCAGUCCUUCCUCGACGAUAAUUCCAACCAGAUUCAGCUUGGCGGCAGCGGUGGUGGUGGUGGUGAGAAUGAUUUUGCCAGAAAGCUGCAACAACAGCAGCGGGUGAGCUCGCAACAGCAACAGCAGCAGACACAGCAUCUCCAUCCGUUCUAUCACAGUGCGAGUGUUAACAGUAAUAGCAACAGUAACCACAGCAGCAUCGGGGGCUAUCCCAGCCAGGCAUCGUCCCCGUACAACAACAACAACAACAAUGGUAGCAACCAAAUGAGCCACCAUCACUCACCGUCCCCGGUUGGGAUUGUUGUUGGCCACAAUAUGCACCAGCAGCAGCAACAGCAGCAACAACAUUAUUGAGCUGGGAUUAAUUAGAUUAAACUAGAGCGGAUUGUGAUUUAGUCACCAUAAUCAUAUGAGAUUUCUUUUCGUUAGUUUUGCAUGCCUCUAGUUGUGGGUGGCGUGUGUGCAUGAAUGCAUGAUGAUCGCAGGACGAGAGAGAGAGAGAGCGAGAGAGAAUGUAUGUGAGGAUAUGAGGAUAUUAAUUACUCUCCUAAUUGCAGAGUAUAACGCUGUCAACCUAACUUAUUGAAUUUAAGUUUGAGUUGUAAUUGUACAUAACCGGAAGAGAAAACACAGUUGCCACAGUUGGGCAGAACCAGAUUUCUCUUCGCCUCAGUUUAGUUUUGUUUCCUUUUUUUUGCUAGAAUACUUAUUAAGUGCAAUAAUAUAUUUUUCAAACAAAAAAAAAAGCAACAACAAUUCUAAUGAAUUCAUAUUUAAGUGAAACCUAUUAACCUAGUGGAGUCAGAAGACGAAGAUUGAGUCAAUUCGCGCACUGCGUUGAGAACGCUUAUGAGAAUGGAAGACAUUAUCUUAAGCUUGGUUUAGACCUCCCGUGAACCUGAACAGGUGGGCGAAAUAGUACGAUAAUUUCACGGUGAACACCAUUGCGAACUAACGUCUCAGAAAAUCGAGGUGAAUAGCGGGGUUGUUGUUCCCAUUGAAUUUCGCUACUAAACGUGAAGUAAAUAGGCAUCCAGUAUUCUUAAUCCAUUGCUUAGUUUCCUUGCUGGUAUCAAUAGCGGAAUUGUCUUGCUGGAAUGUGAAUGUUUUUCGACGAUAUCUACUCAAAAACGGUAGGAGAGGGAAUUCCAGAACAUGUAUGUUAUCCUUGUUAUUCAGCUGUCUUGAGUUUUUUUUUAGUUGCACAGAAUCCCAUCCAAAUCAUGCACUAGCCUCCACCAAAGUUCCUGAUUGAAAAAUACUGUCCCUUCUUCCGUAAGUCACACAUCAGGACCAUCCAAAUUGAACUUUUUUUUCGUCACUGAAGAUAACCUAGCAAAGUUGAAAGUAAAAAAAUGCCGUCUUACAUUGGAGAACUUUUCGUUAUGGUAUAUAGCAGAAAAAAAAAACAUUCUUUGUCAUAAUAUAUCAUGUCUCACUGUCGGUUUAUGUGAGCUUUGGCAAAUCUCAGACGUCUUUCCAUGUGAGAUGGGGUAAUAUUAGGGGCUUUAUCUUUUUUAGCCCUCUUUAUGUAAGGACUUUUUACCAAAGCUUGACGGAAACGUUUAAAUUCAAAGAUUACUUUAUCUGCAUAAGCGAUUUUGAGGUAUUCGAAGCUGUUCUAACUAUUUCCCACUUAUCCCAGACAAAGAGCUUCGAUUUACGUGGAGCUCUUUCCCUCUUCCCGUGUUCUUGAGGAUUCGCCAAAUAAUUGAGCACUACCUAAUGGGAUUGUCCGAUCCGACGGGCAAUUUCUCUGAUACCAACAUUCUCUUGGUGAAAUGCAUCGAUUUGUCAUUUUUCUCUCUCUGUGAGCACUUUUCCCUUCGGCAUUUUCCAGAUUUAUUGAUCAAAACAACGGAAACGACGGAAAAUGUGGUGUUCUACAAACUUGACACUUGAAAAAUACAAAAACACACAGCGCUUGUACAUACACAUUUAAAAAUCAUGCAGUGUAUCAGGGUUGCCAAGUGUUUCUGAAUUAAGUCUGGAUGCGGGUGAAAAAACAUUUCGGAUGUCUAGAUAUUCAUGAAACAGACGUUUUUCAAUUUUUAUAUUGUGUGAAUUGUGAUGUUUAAUGAUUUUUAACAUUUGAUACAUAUGGAAAGAUAUAUUUACCAUACUUUGAAACACUAUAUUUAAAAACUUUCGUACUGUUCCAAAAAGUUGUGAAAUAUAGAGCAUACAACUACGAGGCUUGCUUUGCAAGAGUUUGUUCAUUUUAUACAUCAAUUGAAGGAUAUAUGACAGGCAAGUCAAAUAGAGCUGAUAGAAUUGAUCAUUAAACGAGUUAAAGACAUAACCAAAUUUAUCACAAAACUAAAAGUGAUUCAAAGUGAGCAUCAAACCUACCAAGGACUCUCUGAGCAACUGCUUCUAAUAACAGCCAUCUUUUCGCGCGUGGAUGUGACAUCCUUAGAUACUUCAUUUUCAGAAGCUCAUGAUUCACAUCAAAUUCGCUGAUUCGCUUAGGUUGCUCUACUUGUAUGUCAUUGAGUAUUUUCAGUAAAAACUCAUCAGCUUUCACGAAAGUUGAAGCUAGCCAGAAGAGUGUUAUAUGUUAUAUAAUUGCGAUAAAUCUGGAGAAAUCUGCACGAAUCAUAAAUCUGGACUAGAAAAAGGCCAGUUUGGAUGUCUAGAUAUUCCGGAAAAGUUUGAAAGAAUCCAUACAAAUCAUGAAGGCUGACAAGGCUGCAGUGUAUGGUAGUUACCAAUACCUUUACACUAGAAUAUAGAUUGAAGCGUUGUUUGUUUACAAUGACACAGCAACAAGAUCAUCAUUUGGUGUUAUAGAAGUUGGACGGAGUGUAAACCGCAUUAGUAAGUCGUCAUUUUGUCAUAUUACUAAUCAGGGGUGUGAUGCUAUUAUACCAGAGUUUCGAAACACGUUUAUGCCAUUCACAAGAGAAAAUUGGUUAGAUGAUGCAAACGAACUCAACUAUCGAUGGAACUUUCCAAACUGUGUUGGAGCAAUCUCUGGUAAAUAUGUUCCAAUAGUAUGUCCAUCCAACUUUGGAAGCUUAUUUUAUAAUUAGAAAAAAACUCCAUAAUUCUGAUGACUGGUGAAGUGGUGAAAAAAACAAAUUUUUGUUUGUCACCGUAAGAACAUUUGGAAGUUUGAAAGAUGCCAUUACCACCAGACGAAAGCACAAUCAAUGGCCAUAAAUUACCUUUCCUCUUCAUUGGAGAUGAUGCGUUUCCGCUUAGGACCCGAAUAAUGAAGCCUUACAUGUCACGAAAAGGAAAGUCACUCAUUCCGGAAGAAAGAAAUCGUCAGUGUUAAGUCAGACCGGAUCGUGUGAUAUUUUUAUGAUUUCGAGAAAAACGAACUUGAAGUUUAGUGCUCUGCAAUUUCCAAAGCAUUCAAUUUUUUCCUUCUAUAUUGUUCUCAGAAAUGUUAGUUACUCUUUGGUAACACUUUGACGUAUGAUAAUUGUAAAAAGAGGCAGUUAUUUGGCGGCCUAUACGUACAUGGUCCACUCUGACUGAACUAAAUAAAUCUUUUAACUCGAGCAUUUCUUAAUAGAUCGAAAAUAUGUUUGCAUCAAUUGAUAGAAAGUAUUUCUACGCUUCUCUCACAAUUAAUAAAAUGAUAUUUUUCAUGAGAUAAACAAUUAAAUAACUGUAAAAUGUCAAGCGUUAUAUAAACGCCCUAACUGCCAAGUUUUGAUUGGCCCGAUUCACCCGAUCCCCAACACAGACAUCAAAAUCAAUGUGCCUAAGGAAAUCCGCUUUGCAAAUAUACAUGCAAGUAGGGGAUGUUUUUGUUCCCAUCGAGCUUUGUUUCCCUGACACGGAUUUCAAAAUUAAUGUACCUGGGGGAAUCCGCUUUGUAAAUAUCAAAGCAUUCUUCGUGAGGACACCGACUGGACAACAUCGUUGCUGGAAGGCGAGGGAUCGAGUGCCUUUCUCAAGGCAAUGAGGGUGGAGGUGUAGUACUGGAAAGGUAAAGUUUUCCAAGAGCCUUUUUCAAGGCUAGAGACGAAUGAACUGAAAAAGUUUAAAGUUUCUAUAAUUAAUUACAUUACCUUUCCUUACCUUGUAAAUAUAAGCAAGCUGCGAGUACUUUUGUACACGCUUGUCUUUGUGUAGACCGGAAUAUGUUUCCUUAAAACGUAAUUCUAAACUGAGAAGCCUGGGAAAAUCGUCAUUUCAGAUACUAGAUGUGAAUGAACUUUCGCGGUUCAAGAACUACGUAAACAUGAGAGAUGCAAUAAUUUCAGAAGGAAAAAUAGAAUACAAUGAUCGUUUGAUAAUUUUUCCGUUCACAUAUUUUGGUAGUCCUAUGCAUCAUAUCAAACGUAAAAGGACGUUCAUCAAAUUUACUUGUAACGAAGAACAUAAUCUAUAACAAUUCAUAAAUUGUUUUUACAUGGCAGCUGUUCAAACUUUUUACUUACAAACUAAAUAUGUUGAUUUCAAUGCAAUUCGAAAAUUGUUUCAUUCUAUCGAUUAUUUAAUCAAUACAAUACAAAUGCUUACUGAGACGACGGUAGUCCCACGUCAACGUUGCGGUUAUGUCAUAGAUAUAACCCUCCCAUUUUUUUCAAUAUACUCAGAAUAUGCACCUUUUACACUAACGGGUUCACGUACGCAAUUUGUUGAAACAUAAAGUAAAUUCUUCUGCUGGCAGCAUUUCUUACCUAACAGCAUCUAUGUAAAAGUUUUUGUCCAUGUAAAAGUCGCUUUUUGGAAAUUGAAUUGAACAUUCAAAUCCUUGAUCGUAUCUUCGCGAAGUUGUCUAGAAUUUUUUUUUCCAUUUGAAGCCAACUGUGCUGAUAUUCCAAUUACUGAGUUCUUUCUUCGCGUUUUUGGAUGAACGAACUUAUCAGAUUGUUUCAAAAGUUCUGGCCAAUGGCUUCCUAAGUGCCUGGCACCACGCUGAAUAGCAUAUUCAUCAACACCUUGAUGCUUUUCACACAGGAGAGAUGCCUCAUCAUGCGUGGUUCUCUCUGCUUGGCAUCCACUGUGUCGUGCAUAUUCCCACACAGAGCAACUGCGCUCAUCAUGCGGUCUAUCGUACACCUCAUACGCAAGUUGAGGGAACGUUGCUCCGUCUUGCUUCCAUCACUCGUUGAGCACAUUGCACGCAUUCUUUAUGCUCGCUAUCGUGUACCUCUCUUACGCAGAACACUCGGUGAACGCUUCGCAUGUACCCAUCAUGCUUUCGUUCGUACGGAACCACCAACGCACAGAUAGGUAAAAACUUUUACAAUGCCCUGAUAAAGCACUAAAACUAAACGAGCAACUUCUUUCUAUGGAUCAUCACGAUCACGUUUCAUUUUUUUCUGUCAUGUAUGAGUAAUUACUGUUGGUGGAUGCGGUAACUUUCAAAGCAGCUUUACGUUACGAUAAAUUCCUGUAGAAUUUAUCUUUUUUAUCCACAAACAGGAAUAUCUUUUUGACUUGCCUUCCAACUUCCUUCUUUGUUCUUUCAGCGUGAUAUUUUUAUUAUGCUUUUUUUUCAUCGUUAUAGAGACUUUUCGCCGUAGUCUCUUUUUUAUGUGACAAUACGAGAAAGGUCCUGAUCGGGCCACCCCAAGUGUCAGGUCCACCGGAUCGCUUAGCGUGUGGUGUUAACUUUUGACAUCUGGCCUCGCUGUCCUUGUCCGUGCCUGGUCCUUUGUCGCAUUCCUAUUCGCUUGGUCCUCGAUUAUGUCUGGUUAUACAUGUUUAUUAUUUUAAGUAGACUACCACUGUUGCAAUUGUGGAUGCGUCGCUCCCCGAGGCUUCUCUGGUGCUUCCAAGGAUCCCGUAGUUGGGCUCUCAAGAAAGGGGGGGGAUGUGAGGGGUGCGUUGGGGUCCCGGCAUAUGACGUGUUUCGUUCCUGGGGAUCCCGGAAUGGCCUGGCAUCCACAUAAAGUAUGUGUCCGGACGUGCGUCAGUGAUUGUUUUUGGUAUUCACAGGUGAAUCGGUCUUUCCGAAUCCAGCGCUGUUACCUCGCUGGUCGAGUCUAUCUGACUCCAAAAUCUCCAUACAAUUUGUAUGCAAAUUGCAGUAAACGUAUUUCUUACAGUGGAAAGGAUGUAAACAAGCCAUUAUUUGUUUUCGUUUUCAAAUUUAUAUUACAACAACUCAUUUGCUCGUGUUUAAUAUAGCUCAAUAUUUAGUAUGUCCUCCACGAUUUUCCAUUACUGUCAUGAGACGUUUGGGCCUACUUUAGACAAAAUGAUGCAACAUUUGUUGAUGAAUCGUAUCUCACGCUAUUUGAAUACCCGUCCAAAAAACGUUAAGAUUUCUCCGCGGAUCCAAUAUGUUUUUUUUUCAUUCGGUAUUGUCCAUAGGUUGAGGUAUGAGGUUGAGGUCUGGGGACUGGUAUGGCCACCCAAGAAUGUUAAUCUUUUUGGACUGGAAAUAGCGCUUCGCAACCUGCGAGUUGUGCUCGGAUAACAUAGCUUUUCAAAAUGAUUUUCUUGAGUGACGGCUUUAAGUUUUCAUCCAAGUCUUUGACGUAGGAUUCCCCAGUCAUCAUUUUCUAGAUCCUGACAAGGAUGCAUAUCCCAUUCCAGGGAAAACAGCUCGACACAAGCAUUGAUCAUCCUCCGUGGUUUUUUUGUUUUGGAAGAAGCUCUGUAGACCUUAUUCACGAGGUCGGUUGCUCACAUUUCGACUGGUUAUGUUGAGGCCCAAAUCUUCCUGGAUCACCCGACAAGAUUUAUCGGGAUCCAAUCGAGCCAAGCGUUGAAUAAGGCGAUCUGUGUUCCGGAUUUCCGCUAUACUGUGCCCAGCGUAUUAUGCUUUUUCGUGAUUUUCGGAAUCGCUCCGAUCGAAAUACCAUAUUUUCGGCGAUUUCGCGGUAGUUCCACUCGCUUUCAUUCCGGAAACGAGCAGUUUCCGAAUUUCCAUCGAAUUUUGGCCCAUUGCCUAAGUAACAAAUAAAUAUACUUAAUAUCAUCUAAUGUUUACAUAGUUCGUAAACAUCGUUUGUUUCUAUCGUUCUCACGAUACCGAAAACGAAACAUGACAAACAAACAAUACAAUGUUUUGGCAAAUAUUUCGACGAGAUCGAUUGAACCAGCCUUGUUUAGUUCAUGUUUUCCGACGAUAUUUUUUAUCGCGUAAAUAUGCGUGAAUAAGCAGUGUAGUUGUAUGUGUUGCAUCAAGGUAUCUUGACUAGAUUAUGUAGGGUUGAUCAAAUCACCUACUUUAUUGUUAAUAUUCGAUUAAUAGUUACUGGUAGCAAAAUGUACCAGUUGUUUCCUUUUUAUUUCCAAUACUGUAUGUUUUUCAGUUUGUUUCUUCCCACCCGUUUCAAGACGUUUUCCUCACGUUUUAUUCAUGAACUGAUGAAUUACAUAAAAAAGUGUUUGUUCACGUUCACGUUCACGAGAGGUCUAAAUCAGCCUUUACGACAACAAAAAUAAAUGGUGAAGUCAAACUUCACACACACACACACACGAUCAACAAAACAAAAACAAAAAAAUUGAGUACUAGAUUCGGAUAGAUCGCGUAUGAUAGAGAGAAGCCAUUAAUUUAGUCAUGAAAAAAAAAAGCAGAAGCAGAAA